AUGGCGUUGCCGUGGCUGCUCGUUUUGGAGCUCGUACUUUACGCAGGUUGUUUCAUCUGUGGAAUAAUGUCUGUUGCCUCACUGACAAACACCCAGGUAUGAACGCAUUCAUGUUUGAAAUGUCGGACCUUUCAACUGCAGAUGGGACAUUCUAAACGUGAGAACACUUAUGAACCAACUUGAUAGCACUCUUUUUUUAUCCCUUUAUAAAAUUGAUCAAUAGACAAUAUUGGAAACACAGCCUGAUAGGCUACUGUCUGCUGCCACACUACUUUCACUCUCAAAUGGACACUAGGCUAUGAGUAGGCAGCUGCUGGGUAUUGAGACGUUUUUAUCACCCUCUCAACAAUGUCAAACUUUUGGUUGCUACAUCCAAUAGUUUAGUAAGAUUUUAUCAGAUUUUCAAGAACUUUUCUCCCAUAUUAUAUUGUAUUUUCCUGCAUUUCUCUCAGCGUUUGUAACACAACCCAAAACACGGGGACUAGCCAUAGGAGCAAAUAAUGAGAGAAUAAAUUAAAUCAGUAGAGAUCAUCACGUGACUUUUUAAGUCAGGGAAUAUCUGAUUAUUUUUAUGUCUUAGUUGACUUCACCUAAAUGCACUAUUGACAUUGCAAUAUAUUAGGCCUCCAUUUCCAUAUAGAUGGCAAUGCCUGUUUGAAAUUAAAUGUGAGUUCUACAUGAGUUCUACAUUCAGAGAUCUCCCUGUUGUGUCACAUGGCCCAGUGGCACCAUAUGAUAAUCAUCUAAUGUCCUAAAAUAAUAUAACUAUUCAUUUGUGCACAUGAAUGGAAGAAUGGAAUUUCUCAAGCAUCAAGUUGAAUUAGGCUCCCUAUCCAGGCCAGGAGAGACAGUGAGGCCUGUGUGUGACAGACAGACUAUAGGUUGUGUAACAUGCAUUACAUUAUUUAAAUUGCAUACUGUAGAAUAAACUAUAUAGUUUUACUGAAUGCAUCUGUAAAAUGUGUAUGUCAUGAUGGGCCACUUUACAAGCCAGUGCAUUCGUUAUGGGACUGUUGAGUACAACACAUCUGGCCUGGUCAUUGAGAGCCCAGCCAUCCCUCCCUCUGCUACUUAGUGUCUACUGGAUCUACACCAGCUGUGUGGAAGAGGAGGUCAACUCUAUGGCCCAGCAAUUGUGUUAAUAAUAUCGAUUUCCAUGCCCAAAUAGUGUGGCAUCAACAGAAAUGAUUUGAUUUGUUUGUUGUUGAUUUGAUUUUGACUGUAUUUCUUUACCUAUCUCCUAUCCUGCACCCCCAGGGAACAUGUGGCUGAAUGUGACUCUGGGCAUGUGUGAAGAUAUUGUUCUUCCUGGCGGUGUCAGGAGGUACUCUGAGGAUCGUCAGGGACCGCCUCUGUCUGUCUGCCCUUCACAAUGUGCCCUCCAUAACCAGGUGAGAUGGCUGCCUUGUUUUUCUGUCUUCUCCUUCUCUGUGCUCAGUGCCCUCUUGUCUCUCAUACUGUAUAUGAAAUGUAAAAUAUUUUAUGCUGUUCUUUUUCAUCUGGAGGACUUCUUUAAUUUCAGUUGUGAUGAAGCAGACCAUAAAACCUGGGUCAGCCCCUACGAUGGGAAUCAGUUCUACACAGGCUUGUAAACUCAGCAAAAAAGAAACGUCCCUUUUUCAGGACCCUGUCUUUCAAAGAUAAUUUGUAAAAAUCCAAAUAACGUCACAGAUCUUCAUUGUAAAGGGUUUAAACAUUGUUUCCCAUGCUUGUUCAAUGAACCAUAAACAAUUAAUGAACAUGCACCUGUGGAACGGUCGUUAAAACACUAACAGCUUACAGAUGGUAGGCAAUUAAGGUAACAGUUAUGAAAACUUAGGACACUAAUGAGGCCUUUCUACUGACUCUGAAAAACACCAAAAGAAAGGGUGCGUGAACAUGCCUUAGGCAUGCUGCAAGGAGGCAUGAGGACUGCAGAUGUGGUAAUGUUCGUACUGUGAGACGCCUAAGACAGCGCUACAGGGAGACAGGACGGACAGCUGAUCAUCCUCACAGUGGCAGACCACGUGUAACAACACCUGCACAGGAUCAGUUACAGGGAAGACAUCCUCCUCCCUCAUGUGGUACCCUUCCUGCAGGCUCAUCCUGACAUGACCCUCUAGCAUGACAAUGCCACCAGCCAUACUGCUCGUUCAGUGCGUGAUUUCCUGCAACACAGGAAUGUCAGUGUUCUGCCAUGGCCAGCGAAGAGCCCGGAUCUCAAUCCCAUUGAGCACGUCUGGGACUUGUUGGAUUGGAGGGUGAGGGGUAGGGCCAUUCCCCCCAGAAAUGACCAGGAACUUGCAAGUGCCUUGGUGGAAGAGUGGGGUAACAUCUCACAGCAACAACUGGCAAAUCUGGUGCAGUCCAUGAGGAGAUGCACUGCAGUACUUAAUGCAGCUUGUGGCCACACCAGAUACUGACUGUUACUUUUGAUUUUAACCCCCCCUUUGUUCAGGGACACAUUAUUCAAUUUCUGUUAGUCACAUGUCUGUGGAACUUCUUCAGUUUAUGUCUCAGUUGUUGAAUCUUGUUAUGUUCAUACAAAUAUUUACACAUGUUAAGUUUGCUGAAAAUAAACGCAGUUGACAGUGAGAGGACGGUUUCUUUUUUUGCUGAGUUUAUAAUGCAGAGGUCUGUCCUGACACUAUCCAUACCAUAAUAAUAACACACAAAUCAAAACGCUGUUGCCUUAUUAGACCACAAGCUGCUUCAAAAACCACAGAUACUUUUUUAUAGCCCUUGUAUUGUCAUUCUUUUUUAAAACCAAAUAUUGUAUUCUUCAUCUGUCCUCUAUUUGUCUUUCCCAGAAGUCUGUGUGGGUGAACGUCUUCUUCUGGGUGCUGAUCGUGGUGGCGGUGUUUGUCCAGAAACAUCAGGUGUUA